AUGAUGUCUUCGCCAUGGCCCACAUUCGCGGCAUGCUUGUGCUACGCUUUCUGCGCCAGAAAAUUAGGACCAGCGUUAAUGGCCAACCGAAAACCAUUUGAACUCAGAAGUGUUCUAAUUGUUUACAAUUUGGCUCAGACCGUUUUCAGCGCAUGGAUCUUCUACGAGUACCUGAUGAGCGGAUGGCUGGGCCAUUACGACUUCAGGUGUCAACUCGUCGACUACUCGAGGAAUCCACGGGCGAUGAGGAUGGCGAAUACCUGCUGGUGGUACUUCUUCAGCAAGUUCACGGAGUUCUUCGACACGCUGUUCUUUGUACUGAGAAAGAAGAACGAGCAUGUGUCCACGCUGCACGUGAUACACCACGGCAUAAUGCCCAUGUCGGUCUGGUUAGGGCUCAAGUUCGCGCCAGGUGGCCAUAGCACAUUCUUCGCACUGCUGAACACUUUCGUGCAUAUCGUCAUGUACUUCUACUAUAUGGUGUCAGCUAUGGGCCCGAAAUAUCAGAAGUACAUCUGGUGGAAGAAAUACCUCACCGCCUUCCAAAUGGUUCAGUUUGUGCUGAUCUUCAGCCACCAGCUGCAAGUGCUGUUCAGACCCUCGUGCCAGUACCCGCGCCCCUUCGUCUACUGGAUCGCGAUGCACGGAUUCCUGUUCCUGUUCCUCUUCAGCGACUUCUACAAGGCGCGGUACAACAAGGCUGGCAGGCAGUCGAAAACCACCAACGGUCUCUGCAUGGUGGUGAUGAACGAGAACGGCGGCUCGCUGAGCAGCCGCAACGGCUACAAGCAGGAGCCCGCCUCGGAGGUGCCCAAUUCGUACGCGUCGUCGGCGGCGGACGCGUUUGUGCGCCGGAGGCCGGUGUCA